AUGGUGGACUCUCAGAACACACCCAAGAGAGGUAUAGUCAACCUGGAUGGAUACACGUUGAUUGGAAAGCUGAAGGAUAACCCCGUUUUAGCAGUGCCAGUAAGUUUAUUGUUUUGUAAACUUGCACUUAGCCUUCUUUCAAAGGCCAGUCCUAUGGCAAGUACAAGAGGUCUGGGACUUUAAGGCACAAGAGUUGGUGCGCUUGUCAAGUAACCGCAUGCCCACUCCAAAUAUUCAAACAUAAUUUUGGGGGCAUACACUCUAGCCUACAUUGGAGAGUUUUACUGUAAAUGACCGACUCCGAGAGUGACUGUUGAGCUGAAUGCGGCCUAUGUGGAAUGCGUGGCGCUCCGCCCUGUCAAUUUCUACAUAUAAGUGGGAAUUGUAACACAGAGGUUCUAGUCCAGAAGAUGACCCGGCUGCGCCUAGGGAAGGCCAGGAACAGUUUCUAUGAUGACACCGCAAUAUUAUAGGGAGAUGUUUGUAAAAGUCCGCGUAAUGUCCCGCGUAAUUGCCCUUUGAUAAUAAUUGCCCAAGUGAUUUGGGAUGUCUUUUUGGAAUUCUUUAUCAUCAGGCCUGUUCACUCUAUUCGUGGUCACAAUAAAGAGACAUUAAUAACAAUACAGUCAUUAGUUAUCUUACUCUUAGGGGCAAAUUAGUAUGAUUUGUUGAGAAUCAAGCAUGUGAUGUGCGUAAAUUGAGGACUAGGCCUACAUAAUGGUUUAUCAGAUUGAGGAUUGGUGAUGAUAACUAGUGAUUUAAGGGUCAAUAUUUUGUCAAUUAUAUUAUAUAUAGGUUGUGAAUGUGACGUAUGUCAGAGUGAUUAUUAUUUUUGUAUUUAUUUUUCAGUUUGAGCUCCAGUCGAUGCUCAUUCAUUGUAAUGUGAGGCGUCCACAGACCUGCAAUGACCUACCAGCCACGACAUGGGUAAGAACCAUUGACAAAAUAGACUGCAACCAUGGUCAAAUUACCAAACUAAAUUAUCAAAAUACCCAGUACAGAGGCUGGUAUUAUCUAGUCCAGGCAACCAUUGUAAAUAAACAACAUGAAAAAUGAGCACUAAACAGGUGGGUCAAUAAAUCCCAAGCCAUUUAAAUCGCCCGCUAUUAUUUUCAUUUCGCCCUCUGUACCCUUAACAACCCCUCCCAGUCUGUUCCCGUGCGCCGCCCGUGAAUUCUGCCAAUCACUUCCUAUAACUAAGCAGGUCAUGAAUAUGCAUAAGGCUUUGAUGCCUAUGGUACCUCUGGAGUUUCAGUUGGUAGAAACGGAUUCAGUUGGGUGACUUUUUUGUCGGGGGGUCCGUCAACCCAACUCAUCCAAGAAAAAGGAAAACAUUUUUACUCUUUCUUGCCGUACGGGAGAGGGAAGAGCAGGAGAACAUGGCUCGCGGGCCACUUUUUUGGGUACUUUUGCUGCAGAUUGUCGUAAUUUGCUCCGCACAAGUAAGUCCUUAUCUGUGUACCUCUGCUUUCAGGUUGAUGAAACAGAACUGCAGGUGAGUGUAUCUACAUUAUGUUAAUUCUCAUGGAUUUAUUGAUGUGGAAUCAACUAGCAAGAAUGUCCAGAUCAUAGUUGGUCUAGUCAUGCAAGUUGAAGUUGUUCUAUAGGAAACACUGAAACAAAACAAAGGAUGAUCAUUUCAUUUUUCUAACUGGGUCACUGUGACUGAGCAUGCAGUAUUUAUUUACAUAAUGUACUCAGUGGGUACACACUGGUUGAAUUAACGCUGUUUCCACAUCAUUUCAAUGAAAUUACGAUUAAUCAAUUAUUUUGCUUCCCUAUGACAGUUGUGCACCUGUUAUUUCUUAAAUUAAUUAUUAUUGGCUAAGCCUAAAAGAGACUUCUGCUUCUCCUUCAUUUUCAGACAUACAGUAUGUCCCAUGCAUACAGAUGUAUGUUCAUUAUGUAUAGCAAUAAUAUCCAUAGCUGAUUGCAUUGUUUGACCGUCUCUUUGUCCAGAGGGCCUCAGGACCAGUCGGCCCUCCAGGACCCGCAGGUGUCCCAGGAAUUGAUGGUGUCGCUGUAAGUUCUCUCAUCUAUUAACUUUCAUUAUCUUCCGAAUGAUAAGAGCAUUAUCACAACUCAUGUUCAUAAUUGAAUUGUAAGAUGGGACGAGCCCACCUCAUGUCACUAUCACAAUCAUCCAACACGUUCAUAAUUAUGCAAUUAUGUGAUUUGUAUGGUGGGUGAGCCCAACCCCUUUUACAACCAUAAUCAACUGCAUGCUGAAGAGUUGGAAUUAGACCAAUUAUGUAAAAACACAUAUGUAUACAUAUGUGAAUAUAUAUAUUUAUCUGUGAAUUUCACAUGUAGGCCUUUUUCUAUUUCAGGGUGAAAGGGGAGAGGACGGAGAGGACGGCCCUGCUGUAAAUAUCAACUUUUCAUUUUUUUUAUUUAUUAUUAACAAAAUACUAUGUCAUUAUCAUCUAGUAACUAUGAUGUAUUUUACUGUCUGUCUGCUGUUGUUGUUGUAUAUUGUGGUUUUGUUGUGUUGUUAGGGUCCUGAUGGAGAUGCAGGUAAACUAGGCUCAGCGGGGUUGCCAGGCGAGCCCGGGGCUGAUGUGAGUAUCCUAUUUCAAAUCAUUCAUCCUCUGCCUUCAAUUUCCUGUUUGUCAUCAUUGGCACCUUUUUGUCAUAUUUGAUGAUAGUAAUAGUGAACUAGUCAUGAUGAUUGUCCUACUCAGGUUAUAGCAGCAGUACAGUAGCUAGGGGCUGGAACUUCUCAAUAUGUACACCUACUACCCUUAAAAAUAUGUUGUUGCUUUAUCAACGUGUGGAAGUGGUGGUGAUGACCCCUUCUUUACCCAAGAGAGGAGCCAAUCAAUCUUUACACAAGAGAGGAACCAAUCAAUCUUUACCCAAGAGAGGAGCCAAUCAAUCUUUACUCAAGAGAGGAGCCAAUCAGAGAAAAAUGUGAAGAAUUCUCAAACAGACCAAAGAAAAGGCUAAGAAUCUGACAGUUUCCUUUGUAACACAACAGUCUUUUUGUUCAGGCAGAGAGAAGGACGGCCUGAACUUAAUUAACUGUAGCUUCCAUCCAAAUUGGAGGGGGAAAAGAGGGUUAGGAAAACACUCCUAGGAUAGAAUAGUUUGUACUAAUAUCCUAAAGCAUACUAUCAUGUGUACAUGGUCCAUGUAUCACUUUGUACAUAGUUUGCAUUUCAGUCACAAUUAUGCUCUAGGUUCACAAAGUGACGGUAAUAGGUGUAUAGAGUCUGAACAAAGGCAUAUGGAUGAGAUAUCAAAGUGGAUGAGUGUACCAAACAUUAGGAACACCUUCCUAAUAUUGAGUUGCACCCUUCCACUUUUGCCCUCAGAAAAGACUCAAUUUGUUGGGGAAUGGACUCUACAAGGUAUCGAAAGCGUUCCACAGGGAUGCUUGCCCAUGUUGACUCCAAUGCUUCCCACAGUUGUGUCAAGUUGGCUGGAUGUCCUUUGGGUGGUGGAUCAAUCUUGAUACACACAGGAAACUGUUGAUCGUGAAAAACCCAGCAGCGUUGCAGUUCUUGACACAAACCGGUGCGCCUGGCACCUACUACCAUACACUGUUCAAAGGCACUUAAAUCUUUUGGCUUGCCCAUUCACCCUCUGAAUGGCACACAUACACGAUCCAUGUCUCAAUUGUCUCAAGGCUUAAAAAUCCUUCUUUAACCUGUCUCCUCCCCUUCAUCUACACUGAUUGAAGUGGAUUUAACAAGUGACAUCAAUAAGGGAUCAUAGCUUUCACUAUAAAGCCUUAGUGAUGCAGUACCCAGCAGUGUUUGUGCUGUGGGUGUCUCCAGUCUCCAUUCUCCAGUUGAGAAUCCUCAGGCUGGUGUGGAAUGAUACCUGUCAAAAGGGCUUGUUUGAGUUGGACCAGAGGAAUGCGGGUUAAAGUUAGGGUUAACCACUCUCCCAGUAAGUUAACUGUCUCAGAGAGAUGUCUCAGUUUGUCUCAGAUGCUCUGUAGUGUACUAACCGUGGUGUCUGUGGAGAUAAAUGCCACCAUCUAUUCAAACUAAACAUGAUCUAUCUUAAAUCAAUAUAAUCCAAGGAAGCAUUUGUUGAAACUAGUUUUAAAUUGUCAACAUAAGUCAGAGAAAGGAAAAUAGCAUGUAUUUCAGAGCUUCGCAUUUCCGUCAAGCUGGGCUGAAAAGUGCUGGAUACCCGUUUUUGCUAAUGCACAGUAUUUAUCGAUUCAUUAAUUGUGGGAGGGUCAUCGUUUAGCCCUGCCCACUUACACACACCUACUUCUGAGCUCCUCCCACCCCAUUAGCUGUGUGAUGUACGCAAACCUUUUUAAUGACAUCAUGUACAUACACAGCUGGAAUUAUUAUGAGAUUAGGAAGGCUUAAAGCACACUUUAACGUUUGUAGUUGCAAAAACAUUUCUUAGAGAAAGGUAUUCUGUUAUGAUUGCUUAUGAAAAGGUAGCAACUAACUCUCAAGGCUUUCAAGCGCACAGCAGAUCUCCUACUGACAUUGGAUUACAUUUCUGUCUUUGUUGUGAUGCAUUAGUGAAGUCUGGUCUCUCUCUCCUCUCUUCCUCUCUCUGCAGGGUUUGACUGGCCCUACUGGAGAUGAAGGCCCUGAUGGUCCCCUUGGACAGAAAGUGAGUAACUAAUCACUAAUGAGCCCUUUAAUGUUUCUGCUUCAGAGACUCUCAGACAGCCUGGUCCCAGAUCUGUUGCUGCUGUCUUGCCAACUCCUUUGGUCAUUGUCAUGCCAGACAGCACAAUCAGAUCUGGGACCAGGGUAACUCUCAGCCGGGUGACUGAGCCAAGCUGCUGACCGUCCAUUCGCCCACUGUGUUGGCAGGCAAGACAGCAGGAAUUACAAUUACAACCCGUAAAGUAAUUCCUCAUGACAAAUGAGCUUUAAUCGCUGAUCCCUGAUCCCUCCCUGCUGAUCCCUGAUCCCUCCCUGCCAGAGUUCUGGGUAAUCUCUGUGGGGAACCAGGCCCAAGCAUCAAGAGUCGUGUUCAUUAGGGCACACAAAGAAAAACAUUUGAAAAUGUUUAGCAACGGAGAACAAAAUUAGUGUUUCUUAUUGGAUGAGUCCACUAAUUCCCUCCCUAUUUUUCUUCUUCGUUUGGUGCCUAAUGAACAGGACCCAAGCCUUGGGGGAACAUUUGCUGGGCCAAGUGCACCUUGCAUAGCUCAGGCUCUCAGUCACAGGAUUAAACUGGAAGAAUGUUAAUUCAGUCUGUGAAGUCUCUAGUUAAGUUAUUACUCAGACGGCUUCAUUUAUCUAAGAAGGAAAUUGGCCAGAAUAUUCAGUAUAAGAGUCAAAAGGAUACGGAGUAGGAUGCUGUUGGUGUGUGGUUUUGAUGAGAUGAAAGCAUGUCUUUAUGGAUAAAUACUUUGAUGUUUUCCACACGCAUAGUUUGCUAAGUCUCUAGUUAAUGAUUUUACUCAGAUAGCUUCAUUUGUCUUAGAAGGAAAAAUACAUUGGGGAGACUAUUACAGCACAGGAAAACAAAAGAUGCAGACUUUUGUUGGUUUGUGUUUGGUGUGUGUUUGGUGUGUGUUUGGUGUGUGUUUGACAAUGUCUAAGGAUUUAGAAAUGUGGCUAGAUAAUUACAGUAUAAGAAUACAAGUCAUGUGAGAAUAUAUGCAGCAGAGGCUUUUAUCCAAAGCAACUUACAUUUUUAGUAUGUCUAUGUGGUCCUGGUGGAAAUAGGAAAGGAUACUGAAUUCUGUUUGUGUGUACAUGAUGAGCUAAAAACAUGUCUUUAUGGAGAAAAUACUUUUAUGUCUUCUAUAUGCAUAGUUUGCUUUGGGUGCUGGAUGGGGGAUGAUUAGCUCACAGUACAUAUUAGACAUUCUCUUUAUAGUUGACUCAUGUUCUCUGUGUUUUCAAACUGACAUGCUAUGUUACUUUGUUUUCAGGGUGAACCCGGGAAACCAGGACCUCGUGGAUUAGCUGUGAGUUACAUUAUUCUCUAUGAACCACUCAUUCAUUAGUGGAAUCAGUCCAUACUGAAGACUCAGAGCCAUAGAACAUUCUGCUUUCCCACUUCACAUGAAACAUAGCUUCUAAGGCUUAUUGAUGAAGCCUUCAUAAAAGCCUUUAUAGAGCCUAUAAAGAUGCUAUAGUACUUUAUGUCACUGGCUCUUCUGGUGUUUCUGUUUUUCUCCAUAGGGCGUUGGAGACGAUGGACCCCCUGUAAGUAUUUUACAGUCUUAUUAAUUACACAUUCACACAUGUAUUAGACCUUUACAGUACAGUAUCUAGUAAAAUGUCUGUUAACGUUCACAUGAACCAUGGUAAGAUACCUUGAUGCGUUCGGAAGGCAGCUGUGUGGUGUUGAAAAUCUUUCAAAACUGUAUGAAUGAUAAAUUAGUACAGGUCAUCAUUUUCACUGAAUUACUUGUUUCUCUGGGCAGGGACCCCCAGGGCCAGGAGGCCUUCCGGGUGAAUUGGGCAAAGGUGGAUCCCCUGUGAGUAUCAGUGACUGACCCUCAUCACCUAACGAUCCUCAUGACCUAACGACCCUCAUCACCUAACGAUCCUCAUGACCUAGCGAUCCUCAUCACCUAACGAUCCUCAUCACCUAACGACCCUCAUCACCUAACGAUCCUCAUGACCUAACGACCCUCAUCACCUAACGAUCCUCAUCACCUAACGACCCUCAUCACCUAACGACCCUCAUCACCUAACGAUCCUCAUGACCUAGCGAUCCUCAUCACCUAACGAUCCUCAUCACCUAACGACCCUCAUCACCUAACGAUCCUCAUGACCUAGCGAUCCUCAUGACCUAACGAUCCUCAUCACCUAACGAUCCUCAUCACCUAACGAUCCUCAUCACCUAACGGUCCUCAUCACCUAACGGUCCUCAUAACUGAACGAUCCUCAUGACCUAACGAUCCUCAUUACCUAACAAGCCGCAGGACAUAUAGAUCCUCAGUCAGGACAUGGUGAUUCUCUAUGUGGACAGUGCUUGAAUUGGGCCGGAACACACUGGUGCUGAGUAUCUGCACCUUUGUACUUUUUACUGCUUGAGUUCCAGCACCUGAAUAUAAACAGUACUGGACCCUAAAAUGAGUACCAGCUCCUAUUUCAGUCCACUUCAUGCACUGCAUGUAGAUCGUUUGGGAGCUGGAGUCUUAUGGCCAAAUAUGUCUGAUUGGAUGUACUCCACAGGGGGCUGCUGAGGGGAGGACGGCUCAUAAUAACGGCCGUAACGGAGCGAAUGGAAUGGCAUCAAACACCAGGAAACCAUGGAAACCAUGUGUUUGAUGUAUUUGAUACCAUUCCACUGAUUCUGCUCCAGUCAUGACCCAAUUAAGGUGCCACCAACCUCCUGUGAUGUACAGUACCUCCUCCCUCAGGAAGGUCAGUCAAAAGGUGAAUGAAAUGGACCAUACCUGUUUGUUUGAUCUGUUUUCUAUGUCCGUUACCACAGGGCGCUAUGGGAGUGAGAGGACCAACAGGACCUGGUGGAUCAGCAGGGCCUAGAGUGAGUAGUGUCACCGUGUUACGUCCCCAGUUGAUGAUACGUUGACCAGCACAUCCAGAGAAUGUUGUGAGCUGUUAGUGUGUCAUGUUGAACUGGCAUCUACUCUUCCUAAUCAACUGAUUAACAAUUCUCAAAAUGAUGUGUUAUUCAGGGUGCAGCAGGGAUGCAGGAUUUGAGUGCCGAGCUGGUAAGACUUUGUUCCUUCAAUACAACUUAGUGCCUGGCAUUACACGUAUGAGUGAUUCUCUGACCUUGUUGAUUUAUCCUGCUGCUGUUUAGUGCCCUGGUGCCUGUCCACCUGGGACACCUGGUCAUCCCGGCCUCCCUGGCAUGAAGGUGAGUCAAGGGUCAGGGGUCAGGGGUCAAGGACAGUGCAUGCCCUCACUAGCGUACCAUAUUAAGUUAUGUAAUGGAUAAACGUCCUCAGUGGUAUGCUAGUACGGCCAUUGGAACGUAGCCAGUGGUGUAUUGAUAACUUGGUCUCAUAAGUCAUCAUUUAUUGUGUUAAUGGUAACCAUCGCUGGUUCAACCAACGGCCUCACAGAAGUCAUUGGUUUAAAUCUAUUCUAUUGUCUUCACAGUUAGUAUAAUGAUAGUCUAACAGUGAUAUGUGACAGUGAUUGGGGAGGAUGUUUAAGCUUCAUGGUCUUCUGUUUUCUAGGGUCACAAAGGAGUAAAGGGGGAAGGAGGAGAGCCUGGGAAACAAGGACACAAGGUAAGGGGUUACAUUUUAUACACUUUCAGAGAACUGAACAAAAGCCUACACUACAUUCAAAUGUCCAGAGAACUAGGCUUAGUCUGUUUCUGGAAAUCCAGACCUAGAUGUUUCCAUGACAUAGAAUGAGCUUGAAGCUUUGUCGCUGCAGUGGUCUCAUCUCUUCAUGUGAUGCUUCAUGAGAUCAGCUUUACAUCUUGACUGAUAUUCAGAUCAGACAUUACGAAAUACUAUUAAGAAAUACUCUCUCUGCUACUUCUCAGCUGUCAGCAUCCAUCUAAUCAGGGUCUGAGAUCCAUGCAGUCAGGGCCUGAUAUCCAUCCAGUCAAGGUCUGAGAUCCAUCUAGUCAGGGUCUGAGAUCCAUCCAGCCAGAGUCUGAGAUCCAUCUAGUCAGGGUCUGAGAUCAAUCCAGUCAGGGUCUGAGAUCCAUCCAGCCAGGGUCUGAGAUCCAUCCAGUCAGGGUCUGAGAUCCAUCCAGUCAGGGUCUGAGAUCCAUCCAGCCAGGGUCUGAGAUCCAUCCAGUCAGGGUCUGAGAUCCAUCCAGUCAGGGUCUGAGAUCCAUCCAGCCAGGGUCUGAGAUCCAUCCAGCCAGGGUCUGAGAUCCAUCCAGUCAGGGUCUGAGAUCCAUCCAGCCAGGGUCUGAGAUCCAUCCAGCCAGGGUCUGAGAUCCAUCCAGCCAGGAUCUGAGAUCCAUCCAGUCAGGGUCUGAGAUGAUAUGUUGCCUGAAGGUAACGACACCUCAUUCCCUACAUAGUGCUCUACUUAUGACCCCAGCCCUCUGGGAAUAAGGUGUCGUUUGGGACGCAGACCAUGUUAGUCAUGCAGGGGUUAUGGUUGAUAUGGAAUGCCAUGCUAACACAUCCACAUUCAGCCCUGUAAUGCUUCCAUACAUCCAUAUACAUGGGAAUCAGUUCAGCUCUAUGCCCAAGUCACUUCAUCACCUAGUGGCCUAUAACGCCAUUCACUGUCUAGAGUCAAACAUGUAUCCAUCGACUGUAAAUGACUUUCUCCCUGUACAUAAUUCAGCCAUGCUUAUUGGCUCUAUUGAAGGGUGUCUGGUGUAGUACAUGGAUGCUUUUCCCUCACAAGUCAAAGGGUGUUGUCUCUGACAGCUGAUUGAACUCACAAAAAAAUUUUGGGCAGUGGCACAUUGGCAGUGUGAUCAGCGGUAGAGUCGAUUUCAUUGAAAAGUGUGUCAUGAAUCUCUGAGUAAAUGAAGCUAUAGCAACAUUGAUUUAAAGUCCAUGUGAGUUUUAUUGCGGCCAUUAAUGUUGUUUUGAAACAGCUUCCAUUUGAAAUCCAUCUUUCUAUCCUCCUAUACCUACUAAUGUUUUCUUGUCUCUGUCAUACGGUGUUGUUCAUCUUCCUGAUGUCUUCAUGUUACUUCUCUCUCUAGGGUGAAGAAGGUGACCAGGGAACCACAGGGGUCCUCGGAUCCCAGGGCCCAAAGGUUUGAUUCGUUCAUUAACAUCCCUUUAUUUUAACAGAUAAUAUAACACAUUGUCUACAGUGAUAAUAAGAUUGUCAUGUGAGAAAGUAACGUUGUCAUAUAGUGAGUAAAUAACAUUGUCUAGUGAUAAUAUACAAUUGUCUAUAGCUGAUUAUACAGAUUGUUCUAUGAGAAGAUACAGUUGUCUAUAGUGAUAAUAUACAGAUUUCUAUAGUGAUAUACUACAGAUUGUUAUUGAUAAUAACAAUUGUCUUAGUGAGAAUAACAGUUGUCUAUAGUGAUAUAUAAAGAUUGUCUAUAGUGAUAAUAUACAGAUUUCUAUAGUGAUAAUAUAACAGAUUCAUAGUGUAUAAAUACAAGAUUGUCUUAGUGAUAAUAUAACAGAUUGUCUAUAGAUAAUAUAACAGAUUGUCUAUAGUGAUAAUUAACAGAUUGUCUAUAGUGAUAAUAUAACAUUGUCUAUAGUGAUAAGAUAACAGAUUGUCUAUAGUGAGAAUAUUACAGUGUCUAUAGUGAUAAUAUAACAGAUUGUCUAUAGUGAUAAUAUACAGAUUGUCUAUAGUGAUAAUAUAACAGAUUGUCUAUAGUGAUAAUAUAACAGAUUGUCUAUAGUGAUAAUAUAACAGAUUGUCUAUAGUGAUAAUAUAACAGAUUGUCUAUAGUGAGAAGAUAACAGAUUGUCUAUAGUGAGAAUAUAACAGAUUGUCUAUAGUGAAAAUAUAACAGAUUGUCUAUAGUGAUAAUAUAACAGAUUGUCUAUAGUGAUACUAUAACAGAUUGUCUAUAGUGAUAAUAUAACAGAUUGUCUAUAGUGAUAAUAUAACAGAUUGUCUAUAGUGAGAAGAUAACAGAUUGUCUAUAGUGAGAAGAUAACAGAUUGUCUAUAGUGAUAAUUUAACAGAUUGUCUAUAGUGAUAAUAUAACAGAUUGUCUAUAGUGAUAAUAUACAAGAUUGUCUAUAGUGAUAAUUUAACAGAUUGUCUAUAGUGAGAAGAUAACAGAUUGUCUAUAGUGACAAUAUAACAGAUUGUCUAUAGUGAUAAUUUAACAGAUUGUUUAUAGUGAGAAUAUAACAGAUUGUCUAUAGUGAGAAGAUAACAGAUUGUCUAUAGUGAGAAGAUAACAGAUUGUCUAUAGUGAUAAUAUAACAGAUUGUCUAUAGUGAGAAGAUAACAGAUUGUCUAUAGUGAGAAUAUAACAGAUUGUCUAUAGUGAGAAGAUAACAGGUUGUCUAUAGUGAUAAUAUAACAGAUUGUCUAUAGUGAUAAUAUAACAGAUUGUCUAUAGUGAUAAUAUAACAGAUUGUCUAUAGUGAUAAUAUAACAGAUUGUCUAUAGUGAGAAGAUAACAGAUUGUCUAUAGUGAGAAGAUAACAGAUUGUCUAUAGUGAUAAUAUAACAGAUUGUCUAUAGUGAGAAUAUAACAGAUUGUCUAUAGUGAGAAGAUAACAGAUUGUCUAUAGUGAGAAGAUAACAGAUUGUCUAUAGUGAUAAUAUAACAGAUUGUCUAUAGUGAUAAUAUAACAGAUUGUCUAUAGUGAGAAGAUAACAGAUUGUCUAUAGUGAGAAGAUAACAGAUUGUCUAUAGUGAGAAUAUAACAGAUUGUCUAUAGUGAGAAUAUAACAGAUUGUCUAUAGUGAGAAUAUAACAGAUUGUCUAUAGUGAUAAUAUAACAGAUUGUCUAUAGUGAGAAUAUAACAGAUUAUCUAUAGUGAAAAUAUAACAGAUUGUCUAUAGUGAUAAUAUAACAGAUUGUCUAUAGUGAGAAGAUAACAGGUUGUCUAUAGUGAGAAGAUAACAGAUUGUCUAUAGUGAUAAUAUAACAGAUUGUCUAUAGUGAGAAGAUAACAGGUUGUCUAUAGUGAUAAUAUAACAUAUUGUCUAUAGUGAUAAUAUAACAUAUUGUCUAUUGUGAUAAUAUAACAGAUAGUCUAUAGUGAGAAGAUAACAGAUUGUCUAUAGUGAUAAUAUAACAUAUUGUCUAUAGUGAGAAGAUAACAGAUUGUCUAUAGUGAGAAGAUAACAGAUUGUCUAUAGUGAUAAUAUAACAGAUUGUCUAUAGUGAGAAUAUAACAGAUUGUCUAUAGUGGUAAUAUAACAGAUUGUCUAUAGUGAGAAUAUAACAGAUUGUCUAUAGUGGUAAUAUAACAGAUUGUCUAAAGUGAUAAUAUAACAGAUUGUCUAUAGUGAUAAUAUAACAGAUUGUCUAUAGUGAGAAGAUAACAGAUUGUCUAUAGUGAUAAUAUAACAGAUUGUCUAGUGAGAAUAUAACAGAUUGUCUAUAGUGAUAAUAUAACAGAUUGUCUAUAGUGAGAAUAUAACAGAUUGUCUACAGUGACAGUUAGUGAUAGUUUGUCUUUCUGCUGUUGUGUGAUUCCAGGGUCCUCAGGGAAUCAGAGGCUCCACUGGAAUGAUGGGGCUCAAAGGUGAACUGGUAAGAGUCACGCAUUGAAGUGAAUUAUAUUUCAAUCCUGGCUCGCUGAAACAUGUUAUUUGCGUUGUGUUUCCAUCCUUUCUGUCAGCGUAAUGCUAAUAUACCUCUUGUGUUGUGACAGGGAGCACGAGGACAUGAUGGAGAUCCAGGUCCCCAGGGUGUUGCAGGAGCCACUGUAAGUAUUCUCCCAUAAUCCCCUUCUCCUGUUCAUUAUGAUUUCACUAAUGUUAGAUCUCUGGAAAGGUUUGUUUUUCAGAAAUACAACACUGUUUACGUGUCAUUAUGUAUUGUUCUCAAUUAACAAAAUGAUUAAACAUCUCUGUAAAAAGGUUUUGUCUUACAAUAUGUUUACGCUGUAUCUUUUUAGGGUGACCAAGGUCAGAGAGGCGUGAUGGGCGAGUCUGGUCCUAAAGGUGAUGAGGUGGGUAUCAGAAUACACCUGCCAUGGUUUCACAUGGCCAAAUUGAUGCUUGUUUUUAGUCACUGUCUAGGGUGGUGGUGAUGGUGUAAUACUGAUGCCCUGAUUGGUUCCUUAUCCUAUUGUGUUGUUGUCUAGGGAUCUCAAGGUGGAAGAGGCAUCACAGGUCUUCCUGGGCCCAAGGGAGAGGGUGUAAGUAUUACUGUACCUGUACUGCUUUAUCUCAACAUAAACAAUCAGUCUUAGUGGUGGGAAACGUAAGCAUAUCAUGUCUGUUGUGUAUUCAUAGACUCUUAGAACCAUUCAUAGAACCAUAUAACCUUCUUGGAACAUUAACACUUGUCAUGGAAUAAUUGUUGUGGUUCUUUUUUCAUGUCUAGGGUUUGUCAGGUGUGGAUGGCCGUGAAGGUAUUCCUGGAAUGCCAGGUGGAAAGGUAUGGAAAUGAUCUACUAUAAGAUGUUUAUACGUUUACAACUGUUCAUAAAUGUUGUGUUGACAGAGGUAAUGUUCUAGUUUUGCUGUGUGCUCUCAUACGUCUACAGUGAUUCUUUUUUGCAGCAAUUUCUAUUGGGAUGGCAAUGGAGAUCACGGCAUCCUGAAAAGUCCACUAUAGAAUGGGAUUCAUACUGGUUGAACAGAGGAAUCAGCAGGAGUUGUCAAGUCAAGUUAAGGUUACAACUGUGAUGUCAACAUUUCAUCUUAACUCACGUAACUCUCUUUCUCCACAGGGCACCAUUGGCAAGGCUGGCUCUCCCGGGGAGGUGGGGCUUCAGGGACUUCCUGUAAGUAUGACCUUUGACCUCACACUAACAGGCGUUCUGAUUGGUUGCGCCUGUGUAAAACUCCUCAGCCUCCCGUAUUCUAAUCCUGAUGUGAAAUAACAACAGUAAUAACAUGGGAUAAUUGUUUCUGAUUGACCACCACCAUUCUGUAGGCUAUUUUGUUUUACAAACAUUUUAGAUUUUCAUGUUUUCAACAACAUCUUUGAAAUGGAUAAUAAAUGGAUGAUUGUUUCUGUCAAAUGUAUUCUAGGUAUUUACAUGAUCAUUCUUGUUACUGUAGAUUGAUUUUGUUUGACAAUAUUGUGUCGCCUCUCUAGGGAUUACCUGGUUCUCCUGGCCCGAAAGGAACUGGUGGCGAGAAGGUAGGCGUCAUAGAGAUCUUAUUAAAUGAGUAUUCUAAUUCCUAAUUCUAUGGUAGGCAUCAUGAUGACAUCACAAAUCACCCACAAUGCACCACUUCUAUCAAUUAAUCUACAGCCAAUAGGCAUUACUCUGUGCCAUAAACUCAAGCCAUCUGACAAAUAGAGCUAAUCUGUGUCACUGAAGAGCUGCAGCUGGAUAGCAGCAUGGGUACACUGACCUGACAGUUCUGACCCUGACCUGACAGUUCUGACCCUGACCUGACUGUUCUGACACUGUCCUGACCCUGACCUGACUGUCCUGACACUGACCUGACAGUUCUGACCCUGACCUGACUGUUCUGACACUGACCUGACUGUCCUGACACUGACCUGACCUGACUGUCCUGACCCUGACCUGACUGUCCUGACACUGACCUGACUGUCCUGACACUGACCUGACAGUUCUGACCCUGACCUGACUGUUCUGACACUGACCUGACCUGACUGUCCUGACCCUGACCUGACACUGACCUGACUGUCCUGACACUGACCUGACUGUCCUGACUCUGACCUGACUGUUCUGACACUGACCUGACUGUCCUGACCCUGACCUGACUGUCCUGACACUGACCUGACCUGACUGUCCUGACCCUGACCUGACUGACCUGACCCUGACCUGACUGUCCUGACCCUGACCUGACUGUCCUGACACUGACCUGACUGUCCUGACACUGACCUGACUGUCCUGACACUGACCUGACCCUGACCUGACUGUCCUGACCCGACUGUUCUGACCCUGACCUGACUGUUCUGACCCUGACCUGACUGUCCUGACACUGACCUGACCUGACUGUCCUGACACUGACCUGACUGUCCUGACACUGACCUGACUGUCCUGACCCUGACCUGACUGUCCUGACCCUGACCUGACUGUCCUGAUCCUGACCUGACUGUCCUGACCCUGACCUGACUGUCCUGAUCCUGACCUGACUGUCCUGACCCUGACCUGACUGUCCUGACACUGACCUGACUGUCCUGAUCCUGACCUGACUCUGACCUGACUGUCCUGACACUGACUGUCCUGACCCUGACCUGACUGUCCUGACCCUGACUGUCCUGACACUGACCUGACUGUCCUGACUCUGACCUGACUGUCCUGACCCUGACCUGACUGUCCUGACUCUGACCUGACUGUCCUGACCCUGACCUGACUGUCCUGACCCUGACCUGACUGUCCUGAUCCUGACCUGACUGUCCUGACCCUGACCUGACUGUCCUGACACUGUCCUGACACUGACCUGACUGUCCUGACACUGUCCUGACUCUGACCUGACUGUCCUGACACUGACACUGAUCUGACUGUCCUGACCCUGACCUGACCUGACUUCAUCUCAGACACAGGGAACUCAGUUCUGUUAGAGAAGAUACUAGAACAAGGAGUGGAAGCAGGGCGGUAGCUCCACCCCACUCUCUCUGCAAGUUUCGGCCAAGUCUAUGGGCCAAAUGUCCCAAAACAGUAAUGAAAAAAUCUGCACACCGGAACAAAGUUCCUCGUUAGUCGUGGCAUCCCAGUGUGUUGACAGACACUACGAUACCAUCCUAUGGGACGUGUAUCUGUCCAAGAGAGAUUAUGACAUAAACUCUGUUUAUGUUGCUCUAUUUCAGGGUGGCUCUGGAGAGCCAGGUCUUCUUGGAACAAUGGGAUCUGCUGGUAAAACAGUAAGUCCAAAUCAAAUCAAAGUUGAUUUAAAAUACAUUUCAAAUUGUCUACACAGUAACAAACGGUUCAUUGUGAUGUCUCUCUGUAGGGAGAGCAAGGAAAAGCAGGAGAUCUAGGACCCAUUGGACCAAUUGGCGGACCAGUGAGUAUCCUGUCAUUUAUUAUAUUUCCAAGCAGGCAAAGCUGUUUUUAUGACGUCAUCACAACCAUAUUACAACUGGUAGGAAUUGGGUUGCAGUGAUGUCAUUGAUGUCAAUGAUGUCAUUGCAACCAGUUUUGCCCGCUGGGUUCCAUUUUAAUGUCCUUUAUCGCGCAUUAUUGUCCAAUAAAACAAGCCUUCUCUUCUUCUCUCUUGUAAUUUCCUUUGACACUUCUCUAGGGAGACAGAGGAGAACAAGGACCAGCCGGUCCUCCAGGCAAACCAGGAGCCAGGGUGAGUUAUUGUUGUUGUUGUUGCUGUCUCGAUGCUGUGUGUCUUUGUGCCAGGUAUAGUAUGAGGAUUGAUGAAUGGAAACAUACUUUGUAACAAUGACUCAAUGAUGACAAUGUUAGGCUGGAACACCAAGAUUAUUGAGAGAGAGCGAGAGAGAGAGAGAAAGAGAAAGAGAGAAAGAGAGAGAGAAAGAGAGGAGAGAGAAAGAGAGAGAGAGAAGAGAGAGAAAGAGGGAGAGAGAGAGAAAGAGAGAGAGAGAGAGAGAGAGAGAGAGAGAGAGAGAGGGAGGAGUGUAGACCUAGCUGUGGUUACAGAGAGUGUGGACCUGGCUGUGGUUACAGAGAGUGUGGACCUGGCUGUGGUUACAGAGAGUGUGGACCUGGCUGUGGUUACAGAGAGUGUAGACCUGGCUGUGGUUACAGAGAGUGUGGACCUGGCUGUGGUUACAGAGAGUGUGGACCUGGCUGUGGUUACAGAGAGUGUGGACCUGGCUGUGGUUACAGAGAGUGUAGACCUGGCUGUGGUUACAGAGAGUGUGGACCAGGCUGUGGUUACAGAGAGUGUGGACCUGGCUGUGGUUACAGAGAGUGUGGAACUGGCUGUGGUUACAGAGAGUGUGGACCUGGCUGUGGUUACAGAGAGUGUGGAACUGGCUGUGGUUACAGAGAGUGUGGACCUGGCUGUGGUUACAGAGAGUGUGGACCUGGCUGUGGUUACAGAGAGUGUGGACCUGGCUGUGGUUACAGAGAGUGUGGACCUGGCUGUGGUUACAGAGAGUGUGGACCUGGCUGUGGUUACAGAGAGUGUGGACCUGGCUGUGGUUACAGAGAGUGUGGACCUGGCUGUGGUUACACAGAAACUCUCUAGAGAAUAGGCCUGAAUGGGAUCUCAGGAUCUCAGAGGCUAUUUUCACAGUAAGGAGAGAAUGGUGUCCAGGGCCAGCCGGCUGAAAGAGCCCUCUGUUCCUUUGGCAUUCCUCAAACACACACGGUCAGCGAUCAAAGGUGUGCCCAGCACACAGAAUGAAGAGACACACACACAUAAACAUACAAAAUAAAAAAUUGCGGCCAGGUUUUUAGGAAUUCUCUUUCUUUUGUGCACAUUUUGAGUCACUACCCUGAUAUAUCCGUCUCAUGAACAGUUAAUUAACCCAGUUUAUGUUGUCCUAAUGACAGAAGGAAGAAAGGCUCCAUACUCUGCUGUCUUAUCUUAGGUUUCCAACUACUUUCUGCUGUAGUUUUAUAUAUUUACAUACAGUAUUCCAUUUAGCAGAUGCUUUUAUUCUUACAGUCAUGCGUGCAUACAUCUUACGUAUGGGAUGCCCCUGGAAUCAAACCCACAAUCCUGGCGUUGCAAGCUCCAUGCGCUAACCAACUGAGCCAUACAGGGCAAACAGUAGUGUGGUGUUGACCUCUGACCUCAUUGUUGUCUCUCUACCUUUGUGUUGUAGGGAUCUAAAGGGGAUCUUGGUCUUCCUGGUGUUCCCGGACCCCCAGGCCUCCCCGGAGUGAAGGGAGAGAGGGUAAGAUAAGAGGACGUUCUAUUCUGACUGGUAUCUAUCCCCUCUGUAGAGACCUGCCGUCUGGUGGGGAAACAAACACUGCUGUUAUACAAAUACUCAAACUACUGCUUACUGGAUUUACGCUCUCCGGACCGUUUACUUUCUGCAUGCUUGAUAUUUGAUAAGACAGAGAGGAACCUCAACUGAUCAGCAAUGUGGCUUGUGUUUAGUCAUUUCAGGUUCCACAAACGUCUUAUGACAAUUUCCAAUGUUCAUGAAACCACCAGUUUUGAUUUGACUUUUCACGGUUCUGUACAAUUAUGAAAAAUACAUCUAUUUGGCCCCCUCUAGUGUUACAAGUUGAAAUAUGCAUUGAUAAGACUAGUCUUGCUGCGGUAUUACAGUUUUUUACAAUCACUUUGGCACUAAUUUCAGAACCUUGACGUAAUUUUUCAAAACUCUAGACACAAAACUCAAAACGGUAAUCACUUGUAACACAGGCUGUCCAAUGUUCAAAACAUUGCAUUGUGCAUUCAUAUCUUUAAAGAAAUCUUGCACUUGCACAAUCAUUGGUUCAAAAAACUAAUUUAUUGUGAAAUACCAAUGAAACGUUAAUUUAGAUCACCCACACACAAGCAACCGAUAGUUUCACUGUGUCAUUGUUCAUACAAUCAUUAAAUAUUGUAGUACAAAAUAGGUGAUACAUGUUUCAUUAUGGUACUACAUGUAAAUACAUCCCUGUAAAAGUACUGCAGUAGUAGAGAGAAUACUACAGACAGUGGAAUCAUUGAACAAAAUCUGAAAUAUAUUGAUGAAAAACAAUACAGUACUGUAAAACAUAAAAUGCAGUGUUCCUCAACUUGCUUGCUUGUACUGUAAAAAGCAAAACAUAGGAGUGAUUACUGUACUUCUACAUUUUCAUCAACUCUGUCUUGUGGAUUUGGCCACAGGUUCUCAUCUACAUCACAAUGGAUGUUUUCAUUAGACAAACAUCUUGGAAAAAACCUUCGGACAUGGCGAAUCCAGGCCUGACACUGGUCUGCCGUGAUGUCAUUGCAUGCGUCAUCCAUGGCCUGGAGAAGAGUGACUUGUUCAUGAGGGCGCCUAUCAUAAACCUUCCAUCUCCAUGUGGAGAAUAAUUCCUCAAUCGGGUUAAGGAAAGGAGAGUAUGGGGGUAAAUACAGGGUGGUAAAUUGUGCAUGGGCCUGAAACCAUGCUUGCACCAUAUGAGCAUGGUGGAACCUGACAUUAUCCCACACAAUGACAUAGGUCACGCCAUCAGCUCUACAGACCUGAUCGAGCUCAUCAAGGAAGGUUACAAGGAGAGCUGCAUUAUAUGAUCCAAUACGAGGUCUGCGUCCCACCACACCAUCUUCUGAUAUAGCCGCACACAUUGUAAUGUUGGCCCAACGUUGUCCAGGUACUUGGAUGGUUGCCCGCUGACCAAUGAAAUUCCGACCUCUCCUCCUUCUCUUGGCCAGGUUAAAGCCUGCCUCAUCCAAAUAUAUGAAUUUGUGAUGGUUGUCAUCAGCAUCCAGCUCCAUCACCCUCUAAAAAUACAUUUUGGAAAGAGAUUUACUGAUUACUCUACAAUGUAGAAUUAUUAGGGAUUUUAUUACAACAGCCAUCUUGAAACUGAACAUACCUGAACAUACUCAGUCCUCAUUUGCUUCACUCUGUCUGCAUUUCUUUCAAAAGGCACAUGGUAUAGUUGUUUUAAAGACACCUGGUGCCUUUUCAGCAUGCGUGCAAUAGUCAGCAAACUUAUGGAUUCCACAUUGUUAAACAUGUCUCCAUUGUCCAAGAUAUGCUGGCAAAUUUCUGUAAGGUGAAUAUCAUUUCUGGACCAAACCAAAUCGACCACAGCCUGCUCUUGUUGGUCAGUCAGAAUUUUGACUCUGCCUCCCCUAUUUGGCCUAGUCUCAAUUCUACAGGGAACAUUACAGUAAGAAGACACUUGGUCACAUCACCUACUCUGUGAUACACAUUGGUAUGCAGUCAUUUGACAAUUGAGAGUAGCAUAAUGUUUAGUGCAUGCUGACGACUUACCGAUUCUCAUUGCGGAAAGUUCUGAUUAUUGCGCUAACGGUUGACCUUCUGAGGUUUGGUUGUAUCAUUGUAGCCACCUCAGUCAUUGUCAUGCCAUGAUUUAUGACAUGGUCUACAACUAUUGCUCGGAUUUCAUUGGACACUCUUUGCUGUUGCUGUCUUGGUCCGUGGCCUUGUCCUCUACCACGUUCCCCCAAACCUCUCAAACAAGGCCCACGACCACCUCUCAGAAGGGGUGCUUGUCCCCUGCCAUUCCUUUGACCAACACAUCUUCCUCGUCUUCCUCCCACCACUGCUUGACCUCUAUUGUGACCUGGAUCACCUGCCGGCUCCAUGUUACAGUACAUAUCGCUAUGUUGUUGCAAGUGGAUCCCAAUCAAUUCUUUAUAUACUCGUUCCACAAUGUGAACUCAAUCAUCAGUAACGAGUUGGCAGAACUGGACAAGUAAUUACAAGGGCCUGCAUCCAUACAGUGCAGUACUGUCAAUACUGUAAAUAGUCUGAAAAGGUGGUACAUGGGACCAUAGAAACGGUGUCUGAUAAAGAAUGAUGAUGAAAUAUUACAUCCAUAGAUAAUGUAGUCUAAUUGGUUCAUGCUCCACGCUAAUUGGUGACAAUGAAUCUCGUUAUCUUGAAACUUUCAUGAUCUGAACAUGGAAUAUUGUUUGUCUGCUUCCAUACAACUAUGCAUUAAGAGUAAUGCAACAGUUACUUAUCAUUUUGAACAGUUCUAUCAAUUGAUAGUUGGAUAAUUGUAAUGAAAUGAAUAGACACUCAUCUGAAAUGUAAUGUGUGAAUUGCCUUUUUAAAUAGUAGUACUUUGAUGUUAAGUUGUGUCAUAUUGAACAGGUGAUUUUUGUUAAAUGAACAAAUGAUCUUAGUUUUAUGUGUAUUGUAUCCAAGCAAUUGAAAAAUGUUCAUUUUGAUCAUUGGUUGUGAGUAGUAUAACUAGUGCUGUUGUUUAACUGUCUAACUGUACAACUUGCUAUAGUAGUAUAACUAGUGCUGUUGUUUAACUGUAUAACUGUACAGUAUAACUUGCUAUAGUAGUAUAACUAGUGCUGUUGUUUAACUGUACUGUAUAACUUGCUAUAGUAGUAUAACUAGUGCUGUUGUUUAACUGUACUGUAUAACUUGUGCUAUAGUAGUAUAACUAGUGCUGUUUAACUGUAUAACUGUACUGUAUAACUUGUGCUAUAGUAGUAUAACUAGUGCUGUUGCUUAACUGUAUAACUGUACUGUAGUUAAACGAUUUUCAAUACUGAACUGAUUUUUCCUCAACUUCAGGGAGAAGCUGGCGAGGGAGGACCUAAAGGGGAGCAGGUAAGAAUUCCACGUUUGAAACCGUCUGUUUAUCUCUCUCAACGAUAUUUGUCUGUAUCUUAAAGUCAAUUUGAUAAUCCACCAGAUAAUUCAAGUUUCAUUAGUCGUAUGUACGGGAGACACAUGGUAUAUACCAUCCAACCAAAUGCUUACUUGCAGAUUCCUUCUGGACAAUGCAACAACAAUAAGCAAUAAUAAAAGAUAAGAAUAGGAACAUAAAGUAAAUGUCUCAGUAGAAUAGAAUAUACAUGUUAGCAUCAGUAGAAUACAGGAAGGAACAAUUUAUAGUCCAAUAUUUACAUGUGUUUUAGGAAAGGAGGGAUUAGGGGGCAAGUGUUUAAAUUGUGCAGUAUUUAGCAAUCAUAGUAAUAGUCUGGUAGCAGCCGUUGUGGUGUGUGUGUGUGUGUGCGUGUUUGUUUGUGUGUGUGUGUUCCUAACUUACCCAGGGCAUUUUUAUAUCCAGAAGAGUGAGUUUACCCCAAAUCAUUUAUAUUUGUUUGUUUUCUAUUUGUGUGUGUGUGUGUGUGUGUGUGUGUAGGGAGAACAAGGUUCUGAGGGAACCUCUGGAGACAAAGGAGAUGUUGUAAGUUAUCACUCAAGCAAGGAUUCAUUGCAAACAACCUGACCUCACAUUCGAGCCUUUUAAACAACACUUUUUCAACUCCACCUGUACUAAUCAUCUGGGUUUUUCUCAUUUGAUUAAUAGGGCGACCAAGGGGAAGCUGGACCCAAAGGAGCGGUGAGUUCUGACUACUUUUCUAGAAGCAGUUCCAUGUCUCAAACGAGGAAUAUACCUACAGUUGAAGUCUGAAGUUUACAUACACUUAGGUUGGAGUCAUUAAAACUCGUUUGAAUGUCGGUUAGGACAUCUACUUUGUGCAUGACACAAGUAAUUUUUUCAACAAUUGUUUACAGACAGAUUAUUUCACUUAUAAUUCACUGUAUCACAAUUCCAGUGGGUCAGAAGUUUACAACACUAAGUUGACUGUGCCUUUAAACAGCUUGGAAAAUUCCAGAAAAUUAUGUAAUGGCUUUAGAAGCUUCUGAUAGGCUAAUUGACAUCAUUUGAGUCAAUUAGAGGUGUACCUGUGGAUGUAUUUCAAGGCCUACCUUCAAACUCAGUGCCUCUUUGCUUGACAUCAUGGGAAAAUCAAAAGAAAUCAGCCAAGACCUCAGAAAAAACAUUGUAGACCUCCACAAGUCUGGUUCAUCCUUGGGAGCAAUUUCCAAACGCCUGAAGGUACCACGUUCAUCUGUACAAACAAUAGUACUUAAGUAUAAACACCAUGGGACCACGCAGCCGUCAUACAGCUCAGGAAGGAGACGUGUUCUGUCUCCUAGAGAUGAACGUACUUUGGUGCGAAAAGUGCAAAUCAAUCCCAGAACAACAGCAAAGGACCUUGUGAAGAUGCUGGAGGAAACAGGUACAAAGUAUCUAUAUCCACAGUAGAACAAGUCCUAUAUCGACAUCACCUGAAAGGCCGCUCAGCAAGGAAGAAGCCACUGCUCCAAAACCGCUAUAAAAAAGCCAGACUACAGUUUGCAACUUCACAUGGGGACAAAGAUCGUACUUUUUGGAGAAAUGUCCUCUGGUCUGAUGAAACAAAAAUAGAACUGUUUGGCCAUAAUGACCAUCGUUAUGUUUGUAGGAAAAAGGGGGACGCUUGCAAGCCGAAGAACACCAUCUCAACCGUGAAGCACAGGGGUGGCAGCAUCAUGCUGUGGGGGUGCUUUGCUGCAGGAGGGACUGGUGCACUUCACAAAAUAGAUGGCAUCAUGAGGAAGGAAAAUUAUGUGUAUAUAUUGAAGCAACAUCAAGACAUCAGUCAGGAAGUUAAAGCUUGGUCGCAAAUGGGUCUUCCAAAUGGACAAUGACCCCAAGCAUACUUCCAAAGUAUUGGCAAAAUGGCUUAAGGACAACAAAGUCAAGGUAUUGGAGUGGCCAUCACAAAGCCCUGACCUCAAUCCUAUAGAAAGUUUGUUGGCAGAACUGAAAAAGUGUGUGUAUUCUGCCCUGGAAUUGCGUUCCCGUGCAAAACUAGACAGAUAGCUAACAACUGAGUCUUCAAUAAAACUUCCAAGGCGUGACUUUUCUUGAACGAAUGUAUUGAAAACGUUUAUGUUGUGAAACUGCAAAAUACAGAAAAUAAUAUACUUUAGUAUCCAAUUCACAUUGACAUAGUGUAGCUGUACAUUAUACAUUUCAAGUUGAAGUUGCAUAAAUACAAAGCACGUGCCAAGGUACCAUGUAUCUGACAUGACGACAAACCAAAUAGAUAAUUACCAUGUGAGUAACAACUAGCCAACUCCUUUCAUUACUCUAAUAAUGUACAAACACCUCUGUACAAUAACAAAGCAUAUUACACUAGAAACAGUAACAAACUAUAGUAUGUUUCACACUUCUUUUACAUGACGCACGAGCAAACUAAUACAGCUGACGGCAUCCAUGAAAGUCAAUGCAAUUUGCGUGAGUAAAUGUAACCAACUAACAUUGAUAAGUAAGCCAUUCUAUCAAUAACAAUAUUAUCAUCACUAGCAAUAUGCUUGAAUUGAACUUACAAACAAAUAUUUUCCGAGGCUGAAGCGUGACAAGAAAUAGUUGCACAGAAAGAACUGUAGCGUUGUUUCUAGCUGCUUGUCUGCGUGCAGAAUGACUACUCUACUUCCGGUUUUUGUACAUUCUUCUAAGUACCAUAAAGCUCCACUAGGGGGCGAUAAACACCAUGGAACACAAUGAAAGUCACUCUUAACCACUAUAAUAAAAUAAUCUGUUACCUUCUAACAGGGUGGCAGCACAGUGUGUGAGCAAGGAGGCCUACAAACCUGACUCAGUUACACCAGCUCUGUCAGGAGGAAUGGGCCAAAAUUCACCCAACUUAUUGUGGGAAGCUUGUAGCAGGCUACCCGAAAUGUUUGACCCAAGUUAAACAAUUUAAAGGCAAUGCUAGCAAAUACUAAUUGAGUGUAUGUAAACUUCUGACCCACUGGGAAUGUGAUGAAAUAAAUAAAAGCUGAAAUAAAUCAUUCUCUCUAAUAUUAUUCUGACAUUUCACAUUCUUAAAAUAAAGUGGUGAUCCUAACUGACAUAAGACAGGGAAGUUUUACUAGGAUUAAAUGUCAGGAAUUGUGAAAAACUGAGUUGAAAUGUAUUUGGCUAAGGUGUAUGUAAACUUCCGACUUCAACUGUAACUUUGAGACAGUUCAUCUACUCCCAUAGAGUGUGUUAGUUGUAGUGCUGAGCGAUUAACCAACAUUUGGGUUAUUUUUCGGUUUUUAAACAACUAAUUGACUGACGUUGGUUAAAUCAUUUGAAUUCAAUUUUUUUUUCGUUUUCUGUCUGUGAGCUCGAUGUGCAGAUUCUGUAGAGAUAAAUCAGAUGAAGCCUGAACUGUGCGAUGUGGUAGGGCGUUGUAGUUUCUAACAGGCCAAUAUUCUACAUAGUUUAGCGCCGAAAACAUGGUAAUUAACUACAAUGACCAUAAUCCAUUGCGCUCGCUUAAACUUGUCCAGUCUGUGCGGAGCAGACACGGAGAGAAGAGCGAUUGAGUGGAAUAGAAAGCAGUUGCUUCGCGAGCCUCAAAAUACAUGAUUUAAGUGAUUUAUAGUUGGUAUUCAGCAGUCAUAAAAGUCUACCUUAUUUACUUUGAAGAACUACUAAAAUAGUGAUUUAGUCAGACAGCAUAGGCAGCUGUUCUAUAGAGAUGAGAUGACUUGGAAUUAAAUAAUAAAGUAAUCAAAUAAAACUAAUCUUUUAUUAAAGUAAAGUAAUGUGAAUAAAUGAUGGUUAAUAAGUGAUAAGCAGUAAUGGUCAGUCACUACCAUCAUGGGACUUUUAUUAAUUGUUUUAUUCAGUGUUGUUACAGCAUUCAACCCACAUAAUGCAUAGUGCAUUUAAUGUAAAGAAAAAAAUCAAUUGAACCGAAACCGAACCGACCUCAAAAAGCACUAAUCGCUCAGCACUACUGCAACUUCAGCAUUGAACCUGUAGAUAUAUCGGACUUUGCUUCAGAUAAAGCCAAUCCAUAUUCUGCAACAUAAUCAAGUUGGGUAGAAACUCAGAAGUCUUCAUUGAGCGUGCUCAGUACCACCCAUGUAAUGUUGUUCUGAUCCAGUGGUCUCUCCCCUCUCUGUCUCCAGGUUGGAAACCCAGGAGAGCCUGGUAACAGAGGACCAGAGGGUAGCAGAGGGCAGCCUGGCAUCGAGGGCCCAGCUGGUUCACCUGGACCACGUGGCAUGCAGGGAAACAGGGGCUCACCAGGAAUCAGGGGGUCACAGGGACCAGCGGUAGGUACCCCCAAACCACCUCCACGCAAAACUUUGAAGACUAUACACCUGAACUUACUUACUUACUUACUUACUUACUUACAUAAUAUCUUACUUGCUUACUUACAUACUUACCUACUUACUUACUAACUUACUUAUUAACUUACUUAAUUACUUACGAACUUACUUGCUUAAUAACUUAGUUACUUACUAAUUUACGUAAUGACUUAUAUACUUAAUUAAUUACUUACAUACUUACUUAAUUACUUACGUACUCACAUAGUUACUUACAUACUUACCUACUUGCUUACUUACAACUUACUUACUUAAUUAUCUACUUACAUACUAACUUACUAACAUACUUACUUAUGGACUUACUUACUAACUCACACAAGUACCUACAUACUUACUUACUUACAUACUAACUUACUUACUAACUUAAUUACUUACGUACCCACAUACUUACUUACUCACAUACUCACAUACUUGCUUACUAACUUACUUGAUUGCUUAUUAAUAUACUUACUUACUAACUUACUUAGUUGCUUACAUACAUGCUUACUUACAUGCUUACUAACUAACUAACUUGCUUACUUAUACACCUACAUACUUACAUACAUACCUACCUACUUAUUUACAUGCUUACUUACUCAUUUACUUUCAUACUUACUAACAAAUUCAGUUACUAACUUACAUACCUACCUACUUAUUUACAUGCUUACUUACUCAUUUACUUUCAUACUUACUAACAAAUUCAGUUACUAACUUACAUACCUACCUACUUAUUUACAUGCUUACUUACUCAUUUACUUUCAUACUUACUAACAAAUUCAGUUACUAACUUACAUACUUACCUACUUAUUUACAUGCUUACUUACUCAUUUACUUUCAUACUUACUAACAAAUUCAGUUACUAACUUACAUACUUACCUACUUAUUUACAUGCUUACUUACUCAUUUACUUUCAUACUUACUAACAAAUUCAGUUACUAACUUACAUACUUACCUACUUAUUUACAUGCUUACUUACUCAUUUACUUUCAUACUUACUAACAAAUUCAGUUACUAACUUACAUACUUACCUACUAACUUACAUACUUACUUACCUAUUUACCUCCUUUCUUACAUACAUACUUACUUACUUCUAGGCCUUUCCCUCCUCCCGGACCAUAGGCCAUUGACAACAGUUGUCCAGUGUAUCCGGCAUAACACAAUUAGGGCUUACAAAAUGCAUCCGAGAAGCUAAAUCUAUGUGUAUAAAAGCUGUUUUCUCAUCAUAAACCUUUUUUAUGUUAUCCUUCAGGGUAAAGAACCAAGCGAUCAACACAUCAGACAAGUCUGCAUGAGAGUUAUGCAAGGUGCGAAUAUCACAAGGAAGUUGUUUUCACACUGUCUGCUUCAUUCCUUCUGUGUCUUUUAAAUCAAUGUAUCUCACUCUACCUUUAAGCAUCAACACUCUGUAAUAUCCCCACCCUCAUUGGGUAUCAGGGGUAUUCAACUCUGACCCUACGAGGUCCGGAGCCUGCUGGUUUUCUGUCCUACCUAAUAAAUAAUUGCACACAGCUGGUGACCCAGGUCUAAAUCAGUCCCCGAUUAGAGGGGAACAAUGAAAAAAGGCAGUGGAACUGGCUUUGAUGUCCAGAGUUGAGUUUGAGGGCUUAUAGUCUAUCUGGCUUGGCGGUUUCAAGUCGAGUUUGAAGAGAGGGGAGCAGAAAAGAACCCAUCAUAAAUACGCUUCAACCUUUGUUAGUUUGAUGGAUAACAGACUCCUGAACCCCAGCAAUGCAGAAGAUGCAGGCUGUUUUUUGGUCUCUCUCCCUGGGCCCUCCUCUUACUGUCUCCCACCCCCCUCCUCCCACUACCACUACUCUCCUCCUAAACUCAGGACUUUUUUAUACCCAAUGUGCUGAAAAAUAUAUUUCACCUCCAGAGGACCUGCACUUUUGCUAAAAGCAGAAAAGCAAAGAGUCUGGGACAAGAGAGAAAGCCUCUACAGAUGAAUUGUCAUCAGGGGGGCUGAAAACUGGAAUUUGAAGUGUAAAAUACCAUAGCCAAAAGCCUUAGGAGUUUUGUGUUGAACUCUUGGCACCAUAAAUAUACAUAUCUAUUUUUCUAUUUAAAGUUUGCAAUAAGUAUUUGCAGUCUGCUCAAUUUACUGAGGCAGACUUGAAGGUGUAAGACUAGAAGAGAGGAAUAACAUUUUAAUAACAUUUAUAAAAAGGCCUUCAUUAAAGAUCCAAUGCAGCCGUUUUUAUCUCAAUAUCAAAUCAUUUCUGGGAAAACAAUUGAGUACCUUACUGUGAUUGUUGUAAAUGUAAAUGGUCAAAAAGAAACAAAAAUAGCUAUUUAGCAAAGAGAUAUUUCUCAAGCAAGAAUUAUGCUAGAACUGUCUGGAAGUGGUCUGAGUGGCAAGGGUAAAACUGAAAACUAGCUGUUAUUGGCAGAGAGGUUUGGAACUCUCUUUCUUAUUGGUCUAUGAACUAAUUUACCACCUGGUGAUGUCACCAGGCAGGCCAAAACUCCAUCCCACCAAAACAGGUAGAAAUUUCAGACGGCCUUUUCAAACAGCUCCUACACUAAAAGGGCAUUAUAAUAAUUUUCACAAUUUCACAGUAUUAUUCCAACAUCAAAGUGUGGAAAUAUAUAUAAAACACAGGAAAAUCAAAUUUUGGACUGCACUGGGCCUUUAAUACAUUUGAUUGAUUAAUUGUUUGCUCAUCAUUCCCUUUCCUCCUUGUUCCAACAGAGCAGCUAGCCCAGUUGGCUGCCAGUCUAAGGAGGCCGGAGUCUGGAGCAGCGGGGCUGCCUGGUAAGCCAGGGCUCCCUGGUCCUGCCGGUCCCCCAGGGGACAGUGGCUUCCCUGGGCAGGCUGGAGCAAGAGGACUGCCUGGCCUCAAAGGACCUCCAGGACUCCUGGGACUCAAAGGUCCCAAAGGUGGGGAGAGGAUGUGUAAUGUUACUGUUAUGUGAAAAUGUGAAAGCAAAAUUCAGCUCAUGUACACAAAGGAGUUUUGUAAUAACUCUUGCAAUCAACAUCCUGUGUGUGGCGCAGGUGAAAUGGGCGACAGAGGAGACCGAGGUCCCACGGUGCGAGGGGCCAAGGGCCAGCCAGGACCUCCCGGUCUACCAGGUGAAUGAGAUUGACCUCGAUCUCCAAGGAGAAGCAAACCAUCAGUAGCUUACUUGUUCUUUAUGUUCUAGUCUUGGUCUUGGAGGUUCUAGAUGUUCUAGUCUUGGUCUUGGAGGUUGUAGAUGUUCUAGUCUUGGUAUUGGAGGUUGAACAUCUACAACCUCCAAGACCAAGACUUGAACAUCUAGAACCUACAAGACCAAGAAUAGAACAUCUACUAGUCUUGGUCUUGGAGGUUGUAGAUGUUCUAGUCUUGGUCUUGUAGGUUGUAGAUAUUCUAGUCUUGAGGUGCGUUGAACAAGGGAAAUAGUUUGCGAACGUUGGCUAACGUUAGCUAACAUAUUGUAUUCCAUUUGUUUUGUGUUUUGCCGCGACCAUUUGCUAUCCUUAGCAAAAGUGUCUGUUUUGGGUCUAAACUGCUGCUAAAAAGAAUCAAGUGGCCAUGUAGACUUUCUAAAGUCAUUUUCAGUUUGAAUAUUGUUGCUAAAAAGUCACAGUAAUCCUUAAAAAAGAAAAGUAGCCGUUUGAUGUUUCACCAUAACAUUUUGGAAUGUUCAUUCAACUGAAAUUGUUACUCUGGCAACAUGUUCGCCACAAACAGCAGCCUUAUUGAACUCGCAUUUGGUCUUAGAGGUUCUAGAAUGUUCUAGUCUUGAGUCUUUUAAGGUUUUCAGUGUUCUAGUCUUAAGUCUUUGAGGUUAUGGACGUUCUACUUUGGUCUAAGAUGGUCUAGCUAACUCUUCUCUAACUCUAACUCUUCUCCCUCCACAGGUGAGCCCGGAAAGCCCGGUUACGGCCAGGAGGGACGUGACGGUGAGAGAGGACCUCCAGGUGUUCCUGGCCAGGCUGGUGUACCUGGGCCUCCUGGUAAUGCUGGCCCCAACGGCUACUGCGACCCGUCGUCCUGCAACCUCAGACCGGGGGACAUUGACACCAGCAUCAAGGGCCCGGAGGGAACUAGAAACUAGAGCCACCACCCAGUGGAGGCUGGUGUCACUUUAAAUCUGAGGACUGGAUGUAAUGGCUGUAAUGAAAUAAAUGGAACAGUAUCAAACACCUUUGAUUCUGUUCCAUUUAUUCCAUUACAGCCAUCACUAUGACCCAUCCUCCCUUCACCAGCUUCCACUGCCCAACACCAAGAGAGGGGUAGAGACAGAGACAGAGACUAAGAUGGUAGAUGGACAGGUCUCCCACACCAACCCGGGGAGCACACAACAUUCUCACAGCCUCUCUACUCUAAAGGUUGUCGUUGUAAAGUGGUCCAUUCUAUCGUAUCUGCAGUGUUUUGUGAGAAUGUUCUGUGCUAUCCAGAUCUCUAUCGGAUAUGAAGGAGUCUUCCACUUCCAGAAAUGCGAAACAAAAUGAAGUAUUUUGUUGCAAAAUAAUAAUAAUCCUGAACCUGUUUGGAUGUGUAACAGUUUUUUUACCUGACAGUUUUUCUUUUUUUCUUUAGCUGUUUUCAGAAAUGUUUAAGAUAUGAACAUUUUGAAGACAAUACAUUUUUGUUUUUAUUCCACUGUCCCUGUAAACCUAGAUGUCCUUAAUAACCACCAGACCAUCCACCUGUCCUUAAUAACCACCAGACAAAACACCUGUCCUUAAUAACCACCAGACCAUCUACCUGUCCUUAAUAACCAUCAGACCAUCCACCUGUCCUUAAUAACCACCAGACCAUCUACCUGUCCUUAAUAACCAUCAGACCAUCCACCUGUCCUUAAUAACCACCAGACUAACCACCUGUCCUUAAUAACCACCAGACAAACCACCUGUCCUUAAUAACCACCAGUCAAACACCUGUCCUUAAUAACCACCUGACAAACACCUGUCCUUAUUAACCACCAGUCAAACCACCUGUCCUUAAUAACCACCUGACAAACCACCUGUCCUAAAUAACCACCUGACAAACCACCUGUCCUUAAUAACCACCAGUCAAAAGACCUGUCCUUAAUAACCACCUGACAAACCACCUGUCCUUAUUAACCACCAGUCAAACCACCUGUCCUUAAUAACCACCUGACAAACCACCUGUCCUUAAUAACCACCAGACAAACCACCUGUCCUUAAUAACCACCAGUCAAACACCUGUCCUUAAUAACCACCUGACAAACACCUGUCCUUAUUAACCACCAGUCAAACCACCUGUCCUUAAUAACCACCUGACAAACCACCUGUCCUAAAUAACCACCUGACAAACCACCUGUCCUUAAUAACCACCAGUCAAAAGACCUGUCCUUAAUAACCACCUGACAAACCACCUGUCCUUAUUAACCACCAGUCAAACCACCUGUCCUUAAUAACCACCUGACAAACCACCUGUCUUAAAUAACCACCUGACAAACCACCUGUCCUGAAUAACCACCAGUCAAAAGACCUGUCCUUAAUAACCACCUGGCUGAAUGUUCCCUUUCCUCCUUUCCUCUCACUGAAGCAGCUGUAGUCGACAUGUUGAUUUCAGCAGCGGCCCCGUCCACAUCAACAUCAAAUCACACUAACCCUUCCCCAAUAAAGGCAAAUCAUAAAGCAAUACCAGGAUUGCCUAUAGCCCAAAGUGUCUUUUUUAUUUCUAAUGUACUGCAUCAUGUUCUAUAUUGAAAUAUCAUAAACCAAAGAUAAACCUUCUGAAAAACAGUGCUGUCAGUUUGUACAGAAAGUGACUGCUGCAUUUCCAACCCCCUGCUUUCCUUCCUAAAUACAGGGAUGGAAAGCAGAUUAAACUGACUGACCUUCCAUGUAUGCUGUAAAUCUCUGUAAAUUGUUUUGAAUUGUGGUUAAUUAUAUUUCCUACAAAAUAACUAUCCUAAUGAUUGAAUGUGAGGUUUGUUCUCAUUGUACAGUGUGAGGAGGAUUCUGAGAGAUUAUUAUUUUGAAUAGAAACUGAGUAUUCCCUUCACAAUAUUCUGUUCACUGUUGAGUAGUAUGUCACCCAUAGAAAUGAAGUAACUAGAAUGGCAAUUCCAAAAUGAUUCUAUUUCUGUGUGUAAUCCUCACAGGGUUUGGAGAGAUGGAGAAAAAUAACUCAGUUGUUUCUAUUUAUUAUAUGAUGAUGAUGAUGAUACUAUUUGAGGGUGACAUCACAGUUUGUACAAAUAUCUAGGAGGAGGAUCUAGACAUUUCAAAUAAAUUCUCAAAUGUUUUUUUUUUUUCUAUGAAUUUGUUCACUCCAAAUAAAGCAAUGUCGCGGUCGGUUUUAAAAUAUAUUUCCAACUCUCUGGACAUUUUUUAAACAUUAUACUCAAAUGUACUGCAGGACUACUCAGAAUAAGUUGUCUAUAUAUAUUUUUUGCAAUACCUUCUCAGAAAACAUAACCUUGAUGAAGUGAAUAUAACAUGAAAAAUGCUCUUAAAAAGCUCUUGAAACUGUUUAUUGACAUAAAUAAUAUACAAUCUGGUAUUCAAAACAUAGUUUCAUAUAAUGCAAAUAUGUGACAGUUAAUUAAGGAAUUGACCAUGCAUAGACAUAUUCAGUAAAUUCUACCUUUCUAGAAAUAAUGAUGAUAAAAAUCACCAAUGCUACUUUUCUCCAUCCCUGUAUCGAUAAUGCAUAAGGAGCACCAAGAAAGCAAAUAUUUUAAUUUAGAAACUUCACAUCAGCAAGAUAUUGUAUUCUAUUCACAUUUUGAUAGUGACACACCAAUGUGUAAUCUGAGUAGGUCAAUAUAAGCAAAUAAAACACAUGAAAUGUAAGAAAUUAUUGUUGUACAGAUUUAAGGCAGGUAACGGUAAUCAGAGUGUAAAAUCAACAUUGUUUUUACAGAAUGCUGUAAAGUCAAAAUAAUUGUUGGAAAAUAUUACACUUCAGACAUAUUCAACUUGUUGUACAACCUCUGCUAUAUGGUCAAAGAGUGGAUUAACACCUUCUAAGUAUAGGCUUUCAAAAACGAUCGACAAAAGAUGACUAGCUUCUUUUCAAGGACUGUUUGUCACCAACGUUCUAUCCAUUCCAUUUAGCAUGUUAGUCUUGAGGUAAGUUUCAGCUGUUAGCUUUAUAGUAGCGGUGUAGUGGGAUAGUGGGAAGGCUAGAGUGUAACAUCACGGUGACUAAACUAAUACGUGUACAGUACAGCUGAUUGUUAAGCCUCAGAUGAGGUAGACCAUCAAAUUCAAAUAACAAUUAUCACACUCAAAACACAAAUAACAAAGUACAUAAAUUAUAAAGAUAAUGAGAUUAAACACACUGUUAAGAGAAAAUACUAAAUACAUGGAGAGGUCUUCUUAUCCACAAAGUGUUGACUGACAAGUUUAGAAGAUCAUCAAGAGGAUAGAACAGUGAAAAAUAAUCGGUUGUUGAGUUGAACAAACUUCUCUGUAUGAAGCUAGCUUAAACUGGACAGUGUUUGUACAGUGUCCAUAUUAGGACAGACACACCUCCUGACGAGACUGGCACACCUUCUGACGAGACUGGCACACCUCCUGACGAGACUGGCACACCUCCUGACGAGACUGGCACACCUCCUGACGAGACUGGCACACCUCCUGACGAGACUGAGGCUGUCCUAAUAUGGACACCG